GAGGUCAACCCCAAAGUUCAGUGAGACAGCGUCGUAUUCUGAUCUUGUUUAAUCCAUCUGCUGUGUUCACCAGCUUGAAACCAUGGCCUUAAUUCAAAUGAUCUUUCUAUCUGUCGCAGUUUGUCUUUGUUUGUUUGGUAAGUGUGUUGCGAUUUUUUCAGUCUUACAGUGUUAAUGAUAAAUGGGUACUUAAAGCGCCAGUUAUAAAAGAGAUAAAGUACAACUGAGCUUCCACCCAUUCUCUUGCACGAUUACUGAAACUUGAUCAGUUAACAAGAACACAUGCAUGCACAUUUACACAUCAUCGCAAUGGCUGACAAUCAGAUGAAAAAAUAUAUCAAAAGAAUAUAUCAACUUCAAAAGCGAAUUUGAGCAGUGUUUAAUAGAUCAUCAAAACAUCAUUCCUGAUAACGAAGUCCCGUAAUUUCUAAUUCUAUUCAAAGAACCUAAUAACUUAGACAUUCUUUAUUCAUUUGUCUCCGCUACACUUUUUUGUGACGAAGGAUCGGAUCACCUACAAUAGUUCGCCGUCAGUUUUGUAAGGUUUGGAAAGUCUAAAGUUUGUAACUUUGCCAUCAAUUCCUGACAGUUUCUUUGACCACUUAAAAAUGAAAGAACGAAAGCAACUACUGUAAUUCUAACAAACAACAAUACCAUGAUUGUUCACCUGUCCAUCAGAGCUUAUUGUAGAUAAGCUUAACAAAGAAUCCUGUGAUUGGACAGGAAUUUUAAUGGACCGGGAACAAAUAGGACAAUACAUCCAUGCGGGACUAAAACAAUACUCUAAAGCGUAAUAAAAGCAGGGAUAAACCAGUUCAAAUAAAAGGCAUGAUUUGUGUCAAUUUUUUGUUUCAAAUUUUACGCAGUUUAAAAGGUAUCCCAAGGUACAACAGGUUAACAAAAAAAUAUAUAAAUAAAUAAAAACAAAAAAAACGGGGUUUCACCAAAUAUCCGGGAUGGUUUCUCCCCGCAUUCUUUGAUCUAAUGGUACAACCUUAACCAGCUUAAAUUCCCGGCUAGCUGUUGAGUAACUAACAAUGUGUUUGGUUCCUUAAUCGCAGGUUUGGUUUGUAAUCAAUCACCGUCAUGUCCGCAGAAAGAGAAGUUUUCUGGAAAGUUAAAAAUGGACACAGCUCUUCUGAACAUCACUUCCACUAUACAUCAGCCUUUAACAGUUUGGGGUAUUGACUCUAACUGUUACAAGGUAUUUUAUAUAUGUCAGUUGUAGAUCUGUAUAGCUAAUGGCAAGCUUACACUCUGUAUCCUCCUAUACCGAUAUUAUUGUUCAUUAAAAAUAUUUCUCCGAUCUGAUUGGCUCAAAUACCUCGGCUAACCAGCUAGCGUUGACCUAAUAGGGACGACGUGACCCAGUUGAAUGAAGUCAAUUAUACAGGGUAUCACCAGAAAAAGAAAUGGUAACCCAGAAACACUGGGGAAGACGGAAAGUUUGCGCAGUUCUUUUGGUAGAGAAGAAAUUGGCGGCAAAUUUAGCACGUCUUGUAUAGUAAAGGUAGCCGAACUACCCUUCAAAAACAAUUAGAAAGAACAGCAAAAAUGCAACUCACCUUCCCAGAUCCUUUCCACUUUUAGCAGAGUGGAGUAAGUGGGAAACGUAAGGUACAUUCAUAGUGGGAAAAUUACCUCACCCAAUGGUUAUAGAGACCCAAGCAAAACCCAUUGUGUUAUUGCAUCAUUCAGUACUCAAAUUGUUCUUUGUCUGUAGCUCUGCCAUUGAUUUUUGCAUGUAUAAUUCUGUUAAUAUUUUGUUGCAAUAAUUUAACUGGCAGAGCUCAUUCCUUACAAGCCCCGUGGCUUCCCUUGGGCUUCCUCGCCAUUAGCUUUUUAAUUAUCUAGAUUGUCGUGUUUUUUGUACAUCCCUAUGGCAAAGAGGGAAAAUAAACUGAAGUGAACUGAACUGGCAGAACAAUAAACUGAACUGAACUGAACUUAACUUAGUCUUUUAUAGUUAUGUCUUUGUUACACUUCAAGAUUUCACUUAGUUUGCUUUUUUUUCGUUUUGCAGUGCCCCUUGCAAAAACUUAAAACUUCACUUUUUGACAGCGAUUUCAUAAUCAUUAAAACUCAUUACAGUUUUAUACUCGAAAUUAAAAAUCAAAAUGGAUCAGAGAGUCUUUGCAGGUACGUUAUAACUUGUACUCUACGGCACUGUUUCAAGGUUUGGUUGAGUUUUUCCAAUACAACAUUUGUUGACUGUUCUCCACAUACACUCGAGCAGUUCACGCGCCAUUUGGGCCAUUUUCUCGAUGACGUCAGAUAACUACAGCUAUCAUCAGGCCCUUUGCAGCUUGCAAUCACUUGACCUGCUAUAUAAGGGAUACACCUUUAAAAAAUGCCAGGGAUAGAGGGAGCAUUAGAAAAUAAGCUGAGAAGCUAAUUCAGAGGUGACUGAAAGGAAAGACUAGGAUACUAAUUAUUAUUGGACGGUGUUGAAAUGUCUGCAAAAUCAUUAGGGUUUGUAUGAAAAAUUGCUGUGACUGUU